GUGUUGACUUGUUGUCUAUGAAUCAACACGGCAUGAAAACAUUGCACUUUUUCCGGAGGCGUUUCCUCUGCGACCGCCGCGUACAGUUUUGCGAGAAUUUUCUAUUGGCGUUUCCUCUAUGACCUCAGUCACAAUCUUCGAAUUUUCCUCGUCAAUAGAAAAUUCAAUAUUACUGUGCAUAAAAACGCCAAAAAGGAGAAAAAAUUACAGUUCUUUUUCCCAAGAAAUCGGCCACCCAGAAAUGGAGUCGUCCACGGUAACAAUGAGCUGUAAGAAAAAGUCCCACUUGCAGAGUGGUGAGACUGAGAGACAGCUAUUCGUACCUCUCAGACUCCUCCAUUGACUGAGACAUCUCAAUCCUCUUUCUCUUUUUAAAAUAAUAAAUUCCCAGAGACAGUAAAUAGUGAGCUGUAAUUGAAAUCCUUCGUUUUAUACCCCCACUCACCCGCUUCUCUCUUCUUUAGGAUAAAAAGAUCGAAAAAGACAGCACGGGCAACUCCCGGAUAUCAUAGAAUAUUUGGGGCUAGAUCGCGAAAAACCCAUCUUACCAAAUCCAUUAUCGGUUGGUCCAUUCAAUGUCAACGGGGAAGAGUCGACACUGGAAAAAGAAGUAAAUAGUUUUCGUUUGUGGGAUUUUUUUGUUUAGUGUUUUUGUUGUUGCAAUUCACACUUCUCAGAUCGCGAGAUUUACGUAUCCAUCGAAGUCUAAUCUCCGCAGUUUUUGUUUAGGGAUUUGAUUGUGUUAGCCCCAUUGUGUGUUUACUAUAUGGCAAACUCAAAGGGGGGAUCUUCUAGUAGCAUAAGAAAUGCAAUGUACAAUGGCAAGAACUCUUUACUGCCACCGAAAAGUCCAUUUCCAAGUAUAUCCCCAUCCUACAUCCUGCCCACGAUCACCACACAAAAGAGCAAUCCUAUCCAGAAGCCAAACAACCAUCACCAGCGCACUUCCUCUGAAAGCUUUCUGAUGGAUGAACAACCUUCUUGGCUUGAUGAUCUUCUUAAUGAAGAUCCUGACACUCCUGUCCGUAGAGGAGCUCAUCGCCGUUCAUCCAGUGAUUCUUUUGCUUAUUUGGACGCUGCUGCCUCUGCUAAUCUUUCAAACUUGGAUUACACGUUUCAAAGCUCUUGGGGACUCAAUAGAGAAUUUGAUCACCCCAGAGAUGGUUGGCACCCUGCUCCUUUUUACGCGGUUUCUAAUUCCUCAACCAAGCACAGGAAUCGGGCAAGGGAGGCAUCUCCUGCACAUCAACAUGGAGUCCCUUCUCCUAGAGAAACUAAUGUUGGUGUUGAACCUGAGAGGGCCCAAUCCUCAUCAAGCAGUGAGAAGUGGGACACAGUUGAAUCCAUAAGCUCUGCUGAAAAGAAGGACCCCAAAGGUUCUGCCUCAGAAACAGACACAAAACGGGCAAAGCAGCAAUUUGCUCAACGUUCACGAGUGAGGAAGCUUCAAUAUAUAGCUGAGCUGGAAAGAAAUGUCCAAGCUUUACAGGCUGAAGGUUCUGAAGCUUCUGCUGAGCUUGAAUUCCUCAAUCAGCAAAAUCUUAUAAUGAACAUGGAGAAUAAAGCUCUGAAGCAACGUCUAGACAGUUUAGCUCAAGAGCAACUAAUCAAGCAUUUUGAGCAUGAAGUACUGGAGAGAGAAAGAGGAAGACUUCGUUCCUUGUAUCAGCAGCAACAGCAACAGCAAACACAAACAAAUCAACAGCUGCCACCUUCUGGCCACCGGCGCACUGCAAGCAGAGAUCUUCUUGAGCAACAGUUUUCAAACCUUUCUUUAAAAAACAAGGAAGCUUCUUCUACUGAUCAUGAACCUCUCUCUGGCCAACUUAACGUCUGACCCCGCAUUUUGCUACAACCACCUUUAGAACAUCUGCUGACCUUUCCUCAGCCGAUACGGCUUGAAACUUAUAAUCUCUGUUGUGUCAUUAUUUAAGUAAUUUUUUUAUACCUUCGCGGCCUUCACGUAAUGUGCACCUGGCUGGUGAUUGGUGGUGCCAGGAAAUACUGUUUUCUGGCAGUUGCUCGCCUGGGGUGAUUGUUCAACCUUUGAUUCAUCUUUCUUCUUUUUCUUCUUCUUUUUCUUUUAUUUCUUCUUCUUCUUCUUCUUCUUCUUCCAUUUGUGCAUCAGUCUAUGUUGAUUAAGAAGAAUUGUGUUUCCUUUGACCCUCUUCACUUGUGACCAAUGUUGCUCACAAACCUCUUGAAAGAGUGUAUAAUGAUGAUUGUAAUGUUCUGUUUUGCUUCUUCUACAUAUACAGUGUAUAUGUAGAGUUUCUCCAUAUUUAAUGCCUAAACUUUGUGUUUAACCUAA